ACAACAGCCACACGUGAUCGGCCAACACUGAGUCUUACCUCGCUGUGGCUUCCGAGCCGCCGUCGCUCGCUCCCUUCUCGGCAGUGGUACCUGUUCCCGGUGGCCCUGAGGACGUGCGGGCCAGGUACGGCCCCGAAAGUAGGAAGAGGAGGGGGAGCAGGUCUGCGGGGCCAAGUGUCGCGGCGACGCACCUCACGUCGAGAAUCCGGAGGAGGAGACUGCAAGGAUAGGCCCAGGUCGGUGCGAGGGACGGUGGUGGGGUGGGGGUCAGAACAUGAGGAAAGCCCAGUCUGAGACCCCAAUCCGUGCCUUCACUCCCACACUUCGCAAUCCCCCACCCCCACCCCUUCUUCGUCCUCCAUUUUGGUGCCUGCAGAGGCUUGGAGAUGGAUCUGCAGAGAAGAUGGUGGGCUUUGCGGGAGAGAAGGGCACGGACUGGCCCCCCUCCCCCCCCCGAGAGUACACGGGGCCUCUCUGGUGGGGAAAAAAAAUGAAAUUUAAAAAAGGCCUUUGAAAUCCAGGGCUCUGAAGUUUGAAAGGUGGGUAGUUGGGCCUCUGUCCUCGGUGCUGAUCAGUUCACCAAGAAUUGAGUCCAUUUUCUGUCUCCUAGGAGUAAUGGAGUCCAAAGAGGAACGGGCGUUAAACAAUCUCAACGUGGAAAAUGUCAACCAGGAAAAUGAUGAAAAAAAAGAAAAGGAGCAAGUUGCUAAUAAAGGGGAGCCCUUGGCCCUCCCUUUGGAUGCUGGUGAAUACUGUGUGCCUAGAGGAAAUCGUAGGCGGUUCCGCGUUAGGCAGCCCAUCCUGCAGUAUAGAUGGGACAUAAUGCAUAGGCUUGGAGAGCCACAGGCAAGGAUGAGAGAGGAGAAUAUGGAAAGGAUUGGGGAGGAGGUGAGACAGCUGAUGGAAAAGCUGAGGGAAAAGCAGUUGAGUCAUAGUCUGCGGGCAGUCAGCACUGAUCCCCCUCACCAUGACCAUCAUGAUGAGUUUUGCCUUAUGCCCUGAACCUGAUGGUUUCCCUGAAGUUAAUAGGGAGACCCCUGCUUCCUAAACUUACACAUUUGUGGUGUACCUUUGUCGUAAACGUUUUGAUGUUACCUAUUUCUUGUGGGUCUCCUAUUACCAGCUUCUAACUGAAUGUUGUUUUUGACCAGGUUUGUAAGUUUCUGUCAGCAGGGGAGUUUUACCUAUUGCAUGGAAAGAUGCUCAUUAUAUAUUGUGAAGUUAAUAAAACAGUUUUAAAAAGCA